AUGAAGAGGGAGGAUGAACUCCCCAUGUUCCAAGAGCACUACAAUGCUCUCCUCUCCAUGGAAUUUGUUGAAACCAAGUACCCUCAUGACAAAACUAUGAAGGCCCUUGGAAUCUUUAAUGAUGUGGAUUUGGUACUCAAGAACAUGCACUUGGGGAGGUCCAAGGCUGCUCAGAUCAGGAGUCCAGUGCUUGAGUAUGUGCACAAGGCACUUGCCAACACCUUCUUUGCAAGGAAGACCUGGACAAUCAAUGAGGGAGAGUCAAGCUCCUUGACAUGGGAAUCAAGCCCUUCAUCUCACGCACAAGGAUGGAAGAGGAUCAGGGGAGACAGCACACAGGGAAUCUCAUGCCUUCCUUGA